GGAGGGUUGGAGGGGUUCGGGGUGGGGGGGCAGAAAGACGGUGGACUGACCCCUGGUCCUCUAACGUUACUUUCUGUAUUGGAGCGAUUAGCGGAUGGCGGACACGGCGAUAUUGCCCCGUUCAGCUGCGUGAGCGCUCCGGAAGAUCCGCUCUCCAAGUCCCGGCUCUUUCUCUCCGGCUCUCUCCCUCCCUCCCCCCCGAUCCCCGGCCAAACUGAGCCGAUUUUGGAGAGGGGAGAGAGGGGAGAGAGGGAGUGAGUAAAACAAGCUUUUGACCAAAUAAAAAAAAACCUAAAAGUUCUUCCCGAAACGUUGCGCUGUGCAGUCACGCACAGAUGAUGGGAGAUUUCGCCAGCCCCGCUACCGCCAACGGCGGCGGCAGCCUUUGCAUUAACAGCGCCGUCAACCUGAACGCUGCUAUUGGCGCUAGCAGCAGCAGCGGCGGCGGCGGUGGUGCUAACAGCGGCAGCGCCGGUAACAACAGCAGCAGCACCGGUGUCCCCAAGCACAGCACCGUGGUGGAGAGGCUCCGGCAGAGGAUCGAGGGCUGCCGGCGACACCACGUCAACUGCGAGACCCGCUACCAGCAAGCCCACGCCGAGCAGCUGGAGAUCGAGCGCCGGGAGACCGCGGCGCUUUACCAGCGCAGCCUGGAGCAGAGGGCGAAGAAGGCAGCCAGCGGCGGCAGCAAGCAGUGCAAGCAGCAGCAGCAGGAGCCGGACCCGGCCGCCGCCGCUGCAGCCGAGCAGAGGAGCAGCACACUGAUAGCGCUCCAAGAGACAGUGAAGAGAAAGUUGGACAGUGCUCGAUCUCCACUAAAUGGUGACCAGAAUGGGAUCUGUGAUGGAAGCUACUCUCCCACAACAAAGAGACUCCGUAAAGAGGGUAAUGGUGGGCUGGACUCUCUGGGCACUUUGUCCAGCAGUGUACCCCCUAUCUCUCCACUUCACCAAAUAGACAUCAAACCCACAUUACCUACAAGUAACAACGCAACAUCUAAUAACAAUGCAAUGGGUAACGGCAAUGCUGGGACCAACCACAUUACAGGGCGAACGGAGGAUUUGGGCAAGAAUGGCGGCAUGCCGGACAUUAAAUUGAAUGGAUCGUUAGAUCUAGAUGAUGGCUUCAGCCUUCUGAAAGACAUAAAACCUGAGCCUUUGGAUGACCCAAGUGGGAUAGAAUCAUCUGACACGUCGUUGUCCAAUCAGAACAAGCUGUUCUCUGACAUUAACCUGAAUGAUCAGGAGUGGCAGGAGCUGAUUGAUGAGCUGGCAAACACGGUUCCAGAAGAUGACAUGCACGACCUCUUUAAUGAGGACUUUGAGGAGAAGAAGGAGGUUAGUGACUUUGCACGUCCCGCAUCAGAGCAAACACAGCAACCACAGGAGCCUGCACCUCCUCCAGUUGCCGCAGCGCCCAAUAACCCACCACAAACACAGAGUGGGCAGAUGUCUAUAGGCUCACCACAGGUGCGGCCAGCGUCUUCUGGCCCACCAUUCGCCACUGCUGCCAAUGGCACACCGCCCCAGCAACCCUUGCAGCAGUCGCCAGCAGUUGCAAUGGCAUCAGGGUCGCCUGCCAACUGCAUUGCCCGGUCACCACAAACUCCCACGCAGGCUCAGACGCAGACCGCCAGGCCUGGGAAUGGAUUUAUGAUGAAUCCAGGGCCAGGUGUAGCUCACGGAGGGUCAACUCCGAUAGCGCCAGGUGGUCCUGGACCAGGAGGAGGAAGUGGACCAGUCCCUGUUCCUGUUCCACCAACCACCGAACUUUCGCCUGCUGAACAGCUAAAGCAAAUGGCAGCGCAACAACAGCAACGCGCCAAGCUCAUCCAACAAAAACAUCAACAGCAGUCACAGGCUGCGAGCUGGUCCCCUGCAGGAGCGCCAACAAGCCCGUAUGGUGGACCUUUCAAUCCUGACAAGCCAAAUAGUCCCAUGAUGUACCCACAAGCCUUCAAUGCCCCUAACUCUAUGAUGCCCAAAGCUGGCAUGAACAACUACCUCCCUCAGAACCACAUGAACAUGUUGAACCAGCAACAGCAGCAACAGCAGCAGCAGCAGCAAUCUGCCAACAUGGCUGCCCAGAACGCCCUGAACAAACAGCUCUCUUACAGCAACACCAAACCAUUGAGUCAUUUCAGCGGCGUGGACCACAUGAGUCAGCGGAUGACCCCACCCAUGGCCAACCAGGCCAAAAACCCCAUAAUGCCCUACAUGCAAGGAGCAGGGGGACAGGGUGGAGGGCCACCACCAGCUCAAGGUCCCAUACCUGGCCAGACAGCACAUCUGACUGAAGAGCAGAAGAGAAUGAUGAUGAUGAAGCAGAAGGUGCUUGGUCAGGGUUUGCCAUACAGUGCGAUACAGCAACAUGCGCAGGAACAGGGCAUGGUGGGGAUGCCACGCCAGGCCGGUGGCGUCCAGCCCCCUCAUGGAGGUCCAGGGGGUGUGGCCUCUGCAGGGCCGAAUGGGGCAGGACCUGGGGCAGGGCCAGGUGGUUACCUGGGCAACCAGCAGCAGCAGCAACAGCAGCAAGCAGCCAUGAUGAAACAGAUGAUGGCUAUGGAACAGGAGAAAAGAGUGCAGCACCACAUGAUGGAGCAGCAGAAAGCUCAGCUACUGAGGGAACAGAGGCACCACCUACUGGCAGAGCAGUUACAGCAGCAGCAACAGCAGCAGCAUCUUCCAAGACAGAUGAGUCAAGCACAGAGAAACCCAUAUCCUCUCCACCAGUUUCAGGGCACAGCGCAGGAGAUGGCGGCGCGGAACCAGGCGCUUCAGAACAUGAGGAACGCUCGCCUCCUACAGCAGCAGCAGCAGCAGCAGAGCCAAGGCAUCCUACAGAUGACCCCAGUGCAGAACUCUGGCCCCAUGCCUGGUCAGGGCGAGAUGGGCGUGGCCUACGGGAGCCAGGCAGGUGGCCAGACAGGCAUGUACCAGGGCAUGAACUCGGGAAUGGGGCAGAUGCUCCAGCCUCAGCACCACCCCAACCAAGGUGGCAUGGGCAUGGGGCAAAGACCCUCAGGCAACAACACACAGGGGAUGGUAGCGGGCGGGGCUGGGGGCAGCGGCUACAGUCAGGGCAUGCUGAUGAACCCCGCGCUGUCUCAGCAGCAGAUGAAGCCAAGCAGUGUUGGGCAACCGAUGGCCAAAGCCCAGGCGCAGAGACUGCAAAGCAUGAUGGGAGGUGGAGGCCAGGGGUGGCCCCAACAGCAGCAGCAGCAGCCGCAAAAUCUACAAGCCCUGGGCGGAAGGACUACAAACGACAUGGUGGCGUUUAACAGCAACUACCCAAUGCAAGGCGGGCAGCCAUCAAGAAUGCCCAAGCAGCAUUUUGCCCAAGGGAUGGGGGGCCAGGGCAUGGUGGACCCACGGGCCAUGAACCCAGCUGGCAUGGGCGGACCCAUGAUGCCGCACAUGGCUGGCCAGCCACGGACUGGCCAGCCGCGAGGCAUGGUGAUGCCCAGCAUGAGCCAGGGCGGCAUGCCCAACAUGACGGCUUUCGGACAGGGCUCCGCCCAGGCGAUGACAGGGGCAGGGCCAGGAGGAGGGGCUUAUAUGUCAGGCGGUCAGCCGCAAGGCUACCAACGGACGUCUAAUCAGGACCUGGCGUACGGUUACGGCGCCCAAUCGGGAGCUGGGGGCGGGGUCUCUUUCGGCCUUUCGGAUGGUGCAGAGCUGGACUCAACGGACGGUUGGAUGGAGGAUUUUUUUUCCAGCCAAUAGCCAACAUGGAAACAUGCUAAGGUUUUGGGACAGGCCGGGAAAA